AUACCAGUAGGACAACACUCUUUCAUCUAUUUUACAAACACGGUCCAGUUCUUGAUACGUCUUUUCAAAUUGUUAUUAUUUUUGCACCUAAAUAACUUCUCAGUUUGAGUUGUACCUGCCUAAAUUAGAAACAAACCAAAAAGCGGCCUACGUGUCAGGCAAAACGUUUUUCAAUUCAAGGAUAUCGUUGCAUAUUUUUCCAUUUGUUGAACGUAACACUGACCGGAAUCUCCGAACGAAAUUUGUUUAUUCCAAUAAUUUCAUUUGUUGUCGAUUCAGUUAUGUCUGAAUACGAAGAUGAAGAUUCGCGGACCGUAUUUAUUGCAAAUUUAUCCGACAAAGUGACUGAAGCACUGUUAUACGAACUGUUUAUGCAGGGAGGACCUCUCGAAAAAGUGUCACAACCAAAAGAUAAAGAUGGUCGUGCUCGUGCCUUCGCCUUUGUAACAUACGUUCAUGCCGUCUCAGUUCCCUAUGCCGUAAGUUUAUUUCAAGGGACCCAGCUAUUCAAUCGUGAACUUACAAUUAAGCCACGGAACAGUAACAAUCCGAAUGCUCAACAAAGACCGGAAAAUCCGAUGCCACAGCAACCGCAACCGUUACGAAAUCCGUUCGAUUCCAAUGCGAGAUUCGGUAACAAUGGUAGCAGCCGUUUUGAUCGUCCCGAUCAACUAUCAUCGUUGCGAUCUGGUUUCAAUCCGAUUCCGACAAAGGCGUCAAUGCAAAUGCAACCGCUGUUAUCUCAACGUACUAGCAAUCAACCACAGACGAAUGCCAUGAGCCACAUAGAUGUAAGCAAAUUGAUAUCGAUGGGAUCGAAUAUGCUGCAAUUGAAUAUGCUGCAGACGAAUAGCCGUCAGUCCGAUGUGCCGACGAGACCCACCUACGAUAUGUUGUUCGCGGAUAGAGAUAGUUCUGUUAGACAUUCCAGCAGUUUAAAGAUGCAAAAUCGUCAUAACAGUCGGCCGCACUACAGAGACGAACCGUAUUCGCGCAGAUCUCCUCCACGGCAUAAACAGCGUAGUGGGGAUAGACGGAGGCGUUAAAUUGAAUGUUUUAGUUCGCCAAACCAUUUUUAAUUAAAUUUUGCAAUGAAA